UUAUAAAUUUGAUGGUCAGGACUAUACACACAUCCCGAUGACGGUAUUAUUGCAAAUUACCCCUUUGGGAUAGGAUCAGCCCGCAACUACACGACCUUGAAUUAUCUGAUUCCUGCAUACAAAGUAUCACCUAAAAAGUAUUUCUGAACGAAUUGAUUCAAAUUAUUAAUCAACCAGUCCAUUCAUUGUAGUACUAAACCAUAUAAUGUUGAGUGUGAAUCCCAUAUUGCAUCCUGAUACCCGAAAUAAGCCAUUCAAGUUUGAAUCGUUUUUAAGACGAGAAUUUGGGUUUGGUUUAGAUCCUGAUAGACCUGUAUGUCAAUUCUAUAAUCCAUCACGACCAGCAAAUUCAUGUCCUAAUGGAAAUAAUUGUCCAAAUAAACAUGUACCAUCUAUGUAUAAUAAUAAAAUUGUGUGUAAACAUUGGUUGAGAGGGCUUUGUAAAAAGAAUGAUCAUUGCGAAUUCUUGCAUGAGUAUAACUUAAGAAAGAUGCCAGAAUGUAUAUUUUAUUCAAAGAAUGGUUAUUGUACUCAAACUCCUGAAUGUUUAUAUUUACAUGUAGAUCCUCAAUCAAAAAUUCCUGCUUGUCCAAAUUAUGAGGCAGGAUUUUGUCCUGAAGGACCUAAUUGUCCUAAAAGACAUGUGAGAAAGAUUAUAUGUCCUUUAUAUAUGACAGGUUUUUGUCCUAAGGGACCUAAUUGUGAGUUUGCUCAUCCAAGAUUUGAUAAUAUAAUAGGAAAAUUAAGAAUAAAGCCAGAUCAAGUUAAGUUGAUUAAUAAUAGUGAUAUUCCUGAAGUUGAAAGUUCAGUUAAAAUAGAGAAUGGAGCUGGAGAUAGUGAUGAUAAGCCAGCCAAUAAGCAUAGUCUAGAUGAACAAGAAGACGGUGGUAAUGAUGAACAAUCGAUUAAAAGGCAAAAGGUUUAGGUUUAGGUUUAGAGGUGAAACACUAUAUAUAGAUUCCGUUUAUAGAGCAUAUGUAAUAAGAAUUUAAUUAAUGACUUUUAUGAAUACAUUAC